AUGGCUACUGAGGAUGAUAACUUCGAUAUUGACAUCUACGGGGAUGGUAGUGGCUAUAACGCCAAUGAUCAAGGGGACUACAAACAGGAUGAUGACAUGAAGCAGGAAGACACAGACCUCAUCCUAGACGCUCCGGAUAACACUCAAAACAACGGAAGCACCUCCACGCAUAGCGGCACAAUCAAAGAGCAAACCCCAACCGCGACGAAUGGUGACAGUGCAAUUCACACAGAUACAUCGAACCAGCAUCAAAUGCAAAAGGACACCCCUCCCCAGCAGGGAGUUAAACGAAAGGAAUUCGACGAGCGUCCGGUCGAUCCCGACGCCUCCCCCGCCCUGCUCGUCUCGGAGCUGCACUGGUGGACCACCGAUGAUGACAUUCGAGGCUGGGUUCGCGAUGCUGGCUGUGAGGACGAGUUGAAGGACGUAACAUUUAGCGAACACAAGGUGAACGGAAAGAGCAAAGGGCAAGCAUUCCUAGAGUUUACCUCGCUCCCCGCCGCGUCGGCGACUAAACACCAAAUCGAUUCAUUGUCCACUACUGGGCAAAGCGGACGGAAAUACACGGCCGUCUACGCAAAUCCUCAGCCGAACCCGUUCCGUACUCUGCCAAAAGAUAACCCUAUGCGAAAGGAUAACAACCGCUCCAUGACCGGAGGCUACAACUCGCCAGCCCCAAACACAAACUUUGGCAUGAACAACAUGGGCGGCGGAGGCUUUCGCGGAGGCAGAGGAGGAUACAACAACCGUGGUGGUAUGCAAAACAUGCCCGGCUUCAACCGCAACUUCCAAAACCCCAUGGGCGGAUUUCAAAACCCCAUGGUCGGUGGCGGAUUUCAGGGGAACCAAAUGGGAAUGCAGAAUUAUGGUUUCGGCGGUCGGGGAGGCAUGAUGGGCGGCAACAUGCGAGGUGGCCCGGGUGGAAUGCGUGGUCGCGGAGGCGGCAUGGGCAACGCACCUAAUAUGAUGGGAAUGCCUAACAUGGGUCCUAUGGGCGGCAUGGGAAUGAAUCCAAUGUCUGGAGGCAUGAAUCCGAUGAUGGGUGGAAUGGGAGGUAAUAUGGGUAUGCAAGGUGGCUUCCAAGGACCUAACCAAGGCUUCAACACAGGCUUCUUCCCUCAGAACCAAGGCGUCGGUGACGGAUCAUGGAAUCCCCAUGGCACCAAACGCAGCCGACAGGAGUAA